AUGGGAGAGGAAGUCGUCGCAGAGGAGGAGAACGACCCACCAGAAGAAGAACCGCCGCCGCCGCCGCCGCCGCCCUUCAAAGUCUCCGGAAUCUUUGGCGGGACCACGGUGAGCAGCGGCGGUCUUCAGAGGGAACGCCACUCUAGAGCUCCGCUCAUUAUCCCGGUCUCUGUUUCUUUCUCUUUUCCAAAAAUGGCAGCAGGCUCUGUCCACGGCGGCGACGCUGCGGCUGGCCUUCCAGAGCGUCGGCGUGGUGUACGGGGACAUCGGAACGUCCCCUCUGUACGUGUUCUCCAGCACCUUCGCCGGGUGGGAGCCCAGCCAUGGCGACCUCCUGGGGGCCCUCUCCCUCAUCAUCUACUCCCUCACACUCUUCCCCCUCCUCAAGUACGUCUUCAUCGUGCUCCAUGCCAACGAUAAUGGGGACGGUGAGCUUCCCCCCUCUUUCGGCGGACCAGACUCUGCAGAAGAAGAACCAGAGUGAGCUGCCCUGAUUCUUUCGUCCCUCGGCCUGCAGGGGGGACCUUUGCCAUGUACUCGCUGAUAUGCAGGCACUGCAACGUCGGCGCCGUCCCCGCCGUGGAGGCGGAGGAGGUGGAGCUCCCUGCCGGCAACCCGCCGGGGACCGGCGAGCACCUCCAGAGAGCAGAGAGGAUCAAACGAGCCAUGGAAGGGAGUCCCUGGGCCAAGGCCUGCCUCCUCACCGUCGCCCUCCUUGGGACCUGCAUGGUCGUCGGCGACGGGAUCCUCACCCCCUGCAUUUCCGGUACCGAGAACCAGCCCCUCCUUCCUCCUAUCCGUGGAUCUUCGGCAUCUUCUCUAACUGGAAGCGUCCACCCCCUCCCUGAACAGUUCUAUCAGCGGUGGACGGGGUGAAGAAGGUCGACACCUCCCUGUCCAGAGGUGAGGGCCCUGGAGUCCCUCCCUCCCUCCUCCCCACCGGGUUUUGGCUUGCUGACGUUCGGUGGCGCCGGUCCAGAGGCGGUGGUGAUGAUCUCGGUGGGCAUUCUGGUGGUUCUCUUCUCCGUCCAGAGGCUUGGCACCGACAAGGUGGGCUACGCCUUCGCUCCGGCGAUCCUGAUAUGGUACUGCUUCAUCUGCGCGGCGGGGGUCUCCAACCUCGUCCGCCAUGACUCCUCCGUGCUCAAGGCCUUCAACCCCGCGCACGCCUUCAUCUAUUUCAAGAGGGAUCCGAAGAGGGCAUGGGUCUCCAUGGGAGGGAUCGUCCUCUGCAUGACCGGUGGGUAACAAAACCGAUCCCCCCCUCCCCCCGCGCGCUUCUUUCUCCAGUGCAUCUCCUCACCGGCAGACUGAGCUCUUUCCUCCUUUCCCCGCCGGAAGGAACAGGGACGGAGGCCAUGUUCGCCGACCUGGGUCACUUCUCGGUCCGGUCGAUUCAGGUCUGCCGGCGUCUCUCCUCUUUUGAAGUCUCUCCCCAUCCGCCUGCCUUGAUCGUCUUCGUCCUGCAGAUUGCCUUCGCGGGGCUGGUCUACCCUUGCCUUAUCUCCGCCUACGUCGGCCAGGCGGCCUACCUCUGCGAGUUCCCCGGCCACGCCGGCGACGCCUUCUACAAGUCAACGCCGGAGUCGGCGUACUGGCCGAUGUUCGCCGCCGCCGUCAUGGCGUCGAUCAUCGCCAGCCAGGCCAUGAUCUCGGCGACCUUCGCGAUCGUGAAGCAGUCGGUGGCCCUGGGAUGCUUCCCCCGGGUACGGGUCGUCCACACCUCCCGCCGCCACGAGGGCCAGGUCUACAUCCCCGAGGUCAACUUCCUCCUCAUGGCCGCCUGCGUCACCGUCACCGCUGCCUUCAAGGAGACCACCAAGAUCGGCAACGCGUACGGUGAGCCACCGCCGCCGACGUCGCUGCUUCUGCCGCCGUCGGGAUGACAGAAUCUAUCUGCGCAGGCAUCGCCGUCGUCGCCGUGAUGAUCGUGACGACGUCGCUGAUGACCCUGGUAAUGCUCGUGGUGUGGCGGACGGCGCUCGCCCUCGUGGCGGCCUUCGUCCUCGUCUUCGGCUCUCUGGAGCUGUUCUACUUCUCUGCCGUGCUCUACAAGUUCGAUAAGGGCGGCUACCUGCCCCUCUCCGUCGCUGCCGUGCUCUUCUUCGUCAUGUAUAUCUGGCACUACAUCCAGACCAGGCGGUACGCCUUCGAGGUGGAGCAGAAGGUGCCGGAGCAGUACCUGUCCAGCCUCGGCGGCGCCGCCAUCAACCGGGUCCCCGGCGUCGGCCUCCUAUACACCGAGCUCGCGCAGGGGGUCCCCGCCAUCUUCCGCCACUUCCUCGCCAACCUCCCGGCGGUGCACUCCGUCCUCGUCUUCGUCUCCGUCAAGCACCUCGCCGUGAGCCGGGUCCCCGGCGGCGAGCGCUUCCUGCUCCGGCGGGUCGGCCUGAAGGACCACCGCAUGUACCGCUGCAUCGUCCGGUACGGCUACCGCGACCGCCGCCUCGGCAACGUUGAGUUCGAGUCUCGCCUCAUGGACCAGCUCAGGUCCUUCAUCGCCGCGGAGACGCAGCCCCCGGAGGACGAGGAGAGCUGGGGAGGAGGAGACCAGGCGGCGGCGGAGGUAAGACAGCUGGAGGAGUCGCUCGGCGCCGGCGUGGUGUACCUGCUGGGCCACAGCGAGGUGAGGACGAGCGAGGACUCCAGCCUCCUGAAGAGGCUGGUGGUUGACUACGUCUACGACUUCCUGAAGAGGAACUCCAGGCAAGGAUUCGAGGACCUGCAGAUCCCCAACAAGAACAUGCUGCAAGUAGGAAUGAACUACUACAUCUGA